AUGGCGGGGGCCUGGCUCAGGUGGGGGCUCCUGCUCUGGGCAGGGCUGCUCGCGUCGUCCGUGCACGGCCGGGUGCGGAGGAUCACGUACGUGGUGCGCCCGGGCCCCGGCCUGGCGGCGGGCGCCUUGCCCCUGGGCGGGCCCCCGCGCCCGCGGACCUUCAACGUCGCGCUCAACGCCAGGUACAGCCGCAGCUCGGCGGGCGCCGGCGCCCCCGGCCGCGCCUCCCCGGGGCCCCCCUCGGAGCGGACCCGGCGCACGAGCAAGCCGGGCAGCGGGGCCCUGCAGGGGCUCCGGCCGCCACCGCCGCCUGAGCCGGCGCGCCCCGGGGGCCCCAGCGGGCUGCUCCACCCCAAGCCGGGCGGUCACCCGGCGGCCGCCCCGUUCGCCAAACAAGGCAGGCAAGUCGUGCGCUCCAAGGUGCCGCCGGAGACGCAGAGCGGUGGGGGCUCGAGGCUGCAGGUUCACCAGAAGCAGCAGCUGCAGGGGGUCAAUGUCUGUGGAGGGCAGUGCUGUCAUGGCUGGAGUAAGGCUCCUGGCUCCCAGAGGUGCACCAAACCGAGCUGUGUUCCACCGUGCCAGAAUGGAGGGAUGUGUCUCCGGCCUCAACUCUGUGUGUGCAAACCGGGGACCAAGGGCAAAGCCUGUGAGACAAUAGCUGCCCAGGAUACCUCGUCGUCAGUCUUUGUAGGGCAGAGUCCUGGGGCUGCCUCCUCCUGGGUCCCUCCUGAGCAAGCAGCAAAGCACACUUCGUCUAAGAAGGCAGACACUCUACCAAGGGUCAGUCCUGUGGCCCAGAUGACCUUGACCCUCAAGCCGAAGCCUUCCGUUGGACUCUCCCAGCAGAUACAUCCUCAAGUGACACCCCUUUCCUCGCAGAAUGUGAGGAUUCAUCGUGGCCAGACCCAAGAAUAUGUGCUCCAGCCCAAGUACUUUCCAGCCCAGAAGGUGGUUUCGGGAGAGCAGUCCACUGAAGGUUCCUUCCCUUUAAGAUACGGGCAGGAUCAAGUUGCAGCACCUUUUCAGCUGAGUAACCACACUGGCCGCAUCAAGGUGGUCUUUACUCCGAGCAUCUGUAGAGUGACCUGCACCAAGGGCAGCUGUCAGAACAGCUGUGAGAAGGGGAACACCACCACUCUCAUUAGUGAGAAUGGUCAUGCCGCCGACACCCUGACGGCCACGAACUUCCGAGUGGUAAUUUGCCAUCUUCCAUGUAUGAAUGGUGGCCAGUGCAGUUCAAGGGACAAAUGCCAGUGCCCUCCAAAUUUCACAGGAAAGCUUUGUCAGAUCCCAGUCCAUGGUGCCAGCGUGCCUAAACUUUAUCAGAAUUCCCAGCAACCGGGCAAGGCGCUGGGGACACAUGUCAUCCAUUCUACACAUACCUUGCCUCUGACCAUGACUAGCCAGCAGGGGGUCAAAGUGAAAUUUCCUCCCAACAUAGUCAAUAUCCAUGUGAAACAUCCUCCUGAGGCAUCAGUCCAGAUACAUCAGGUUUCAAGAAUCGAUGGCCCAACAGGCCAGAAGGUAAAAGAAGCUCAACCAGGCCAAUCCCAAAUCUCUUACCAAGGGCUUCCUGUCCAGAAGACCCAGACUGUACAUUCCACGUACUCCCAGCAGCAGGUCAUUCCUCACGUCUAUCCUGUGGCUGCCAAGACGCAGCUUGGCCGGUGCUUCCAGGAAACCAUUGGGUCACAGUGUGGCAAAGCGCUCCCUGGCCUUUCAAAGCAAGAGGACUGCUGUGGAACCGUGGGUACCUCCUGGGGCUUUAACAAAUGCCAGAAAUGCCCCAAGAAGCCAUCCUAUCAUGGAUAUAACCAAAUGAUGGAAUGCCUACAAGGUUAUAAGCGGGUUAACAACACCUUUUGUCAAGAUAUUAAUGAAUGCCAGCUACAAGGUGUGUGCCCUAAUGGUGAGUGUUUGAAUACCAUGGGCAGCUAUAGAUGUACCUGCAAAAUGGGAUUUGGGCCGGAUCCUACCUUUUCAAGUUGCGUUCCGGAUCCCCCUGUGAUCUCGGAAGAGAAAGGGCCCUGUUACCGGCUUGUCAGUUCCGGAAGGCAGUGUAUGCACCCUCUGUCUGUUCACCUCACCAAGCAGCUCUGCUGUUGUAGCGUGGGCAAGGCCUGGGGCCCACACUGUGAGAAAUGUCCCCUUCCAGGCACAGCUGCUUUUAAGGAAAUCUGUCCUGGUGGAAUGGGUUAUACGGUUUCUGGCGUUCAUAGACGCAGGCCAAUCCAUCACCAUGUAGGUAAAGGACCUGUAUUUGUCAAGCCAAAGAACACUCAACCUGUUGCUAAAAGUACUCAUCCUCCACCUCUCCCAGCCAAGGAAGAGCCAGUGGAGGCCCUGACCUUCUCCCGGGAACACGGGCCAGGAGUGGCGGAGCCAGAAGUGGCAACUGUACCCCCUGAAAAGGAAAUACCUUCAUUGGAUCAAGAGAAAACCAAACUUGAGCCUGGUCAACCCCAGCUCUCCCCUGGCAUUUCGACUAUUCAUCUGCAUCCACAGUUCCCAGUAGUGAUUGAAAAAACAUCACCUCCUGUGCCUGUUGAAAUAGCUCCUGAAGCUUCUACGUCAAGUGCCAGCCAAGUGAUCGCGCCUACUCAAGUAACAGAAAUCAAUGAAUGUACUGUGAACCCUGAUAUCUGUGGAGCAGGACACUGCAUUAACCUACCAGUGAGAUAUACCUGUAUAUGCUACGAGGGUUACAAGUUCAGUGAACAACAGAGGAAAUGUGUUGAUAUUGAUGAAUGUACUCAGGUCCAACACCUCUGCUCCCAGGGACGCUGUGAAAACACUGAGGGAAGUUUCUUGUGUAUUUGCCCAGCGGGAUUUAUGGCCAGUGAGGAGGGUACUAGCUGCAUAGAUGUUGACGAAUGCCUGAGGCCGGACGUGUGUGGGGAAGGACACUGCAUCAACACCGAGGGGGCCUUCCGGUGUGAAUACUGCGACAGCGGGUACCGCAUGACCCGGGGAGGCCGUUGUGAGGAUAUUGAUGAAUGUUUGACCCCAACUACUUGUCCGGAUGAGCAGUGUGUGAAUUCUCCUGGAUCUUACCAGUGUGUUCCCUGCACAGAAGGAUUCCGAGGCUGGAAUGGACAGUGCCUUGAUGUGGAUGAGUGCCUGGAACCAAACGUCUGCGCAAAUGGUACUUGUUCCAACCUUGAAGGCUCCUACAUGUGUUCAUGCCACAGGGGCUAUAACCCGACUCCGGACCACAAGCACUGUAAAGAUGUUGAUGAAUGUCAGCAAGGGAACCUGUGCAUGAAUGGGCAGUGCAAAAAUACCGAGGGCUCCUUCAGGUGCGCCUGUGGACAGGGGUACCAGCUGUCGGCAGCUAAAGACCAGUGUGAAGACAUUGACGAGUGCCAGCACCGUCAUCUCUGCACGCAUGGGCAGUGCAGGAACACCGAGGGCUCCUUCCAGUGUGUGUGUGACCAGGGUUACAGAGCAUCCGCGCUUGGAGACUACUGUGAAGAUAUCAAUGAAUGCUUGGAGGACAACAGCGUUUGCCAGAGAGGAGACUGCAUUAAUACUGAAGGCUCGUAUGAUUGUACCUGUCCAGAUGGAUUCCAGCUAAAUGACAAUAAAGGAUGUCAAGAUAUUAAUGAAUGUGAACAGCCGGGGCUCUGUGGUCCUCAUGGGGAAUGUCUAAACACAGAUGGUUCUUUUCACUGUGUCUGCGAACAGGGUUUCUCAAUCUCUGCAGAUGGCCGUACGUGUGAAGAUAUUGAUGAAUGUGUAAACAACACUGUUUGUGACAGUCACGGGUUUUGUGACAAUACAGCUGGCUCCUUCCGCUGCCUCUGUUAUCAGGGCUUUCAAGCCCCACAGGAUGGGCAAGGGUGUGUGGAUGUGAACGAAUGUGAGCUGCUCAGUGGGGUGUGUGGUGAGGCCUUCUGCGAGAAUGUGGAAGGGUCCUUCCUGUGCGUGUGCACUGACGAGAACCAGGAGUACAGCCCCAUGACCGGGCAGUGCCGCUCCCGGGCCUCUGGAGCAAUCCCUACAACUGAACGUAUUUGGGGAAAGACUGAAGAAUCCUACGUAGAUCAACCCAGAGAAGAAAAGAAAGAAUGCUACUAUAAUCUAAACGACGCCAGUCUCUGUGACAACGUGCUGGCCCCCAAUGUCACCAAACAAGAAUGCUGCUGCACCUCAGGCGCCGGGUGGGGAGACAACUGCGAGAUCUUCCCCUGCCCGGUCUUGGGGACCGCUGAGUUCACUGAAAUGUGUCCUAGAGGGAAAGGUUUUGUCCCUGCUGGAGAAGCUUCUGACGAAACUGGUGAUGAGAACUAUAAAGAUGCAGAUGAAUGCUUACUUUUUGGACAAGAAAUUUGCAAGAAUGGUUUCUGUUUGAACACUCAGCCUGGUUAUGAAUGCUACUGUAAGCAAGGGACAUACUAUGAUCCCGUCAAAUUGCAGUGUUUUGAUAUGGAUGAAUGUCAAGACCCCAAUAGUUGUAUUGAUGGCCAGUGUGUUAAUACAGAAGGCUCUUACAACUGCUUCUGUACCCAUCCAAUGGUCCUGGAUGCUUCAGAGAAAAGAUGUAUACGACCAGCCGAAUCAAAUGAACAAAUCGAAGAGACUGAUGUCUACCAAGAUCUGUGCUGGGAACAUCUGAGCGAUGAGUAUGUGUGCAGCCGGCCUCUUGUGGGCAAGCAGACGACGUACACCGAGUGCUGCUGUUUGUACGGAGAGGCCUGGGGCAUGCAGUGUGCCCUCUGCCCCAUGAAAGAUUCAGAUGACUACGCCCAGCUGUGCAACAUCCCGGUGACGGGGCGCCGGCGGCCGUACGGGCGGGAUGCCCUGGUGGACUUCAGCGAGCAGUAUGCGCCAGAAGCCGAUCCCUACUUCGUCCAGGACCGUUUUUUAAAUAGCUUUGAGGAGUUACAGGCUGAAGAGUGUGGCAUCCUCAAUGGUUGUGAAAACGGCCGCUGUGUGAGGGUCCAGGAAGGUUACACCUGUGAUUGCUUUGAUGGGUAUCACUUGGAUAUGGCCAAGAUGACCUGUGUCGAUGUGAAUGAAUGCGAUGAGUUGAACAACCGGAUGUCUCUCUGCAAGAAUGCCAAGUGCAUUAACACCGAAGGUUCCUACAAGUGUUUGUGUCUGCCGGGCUACGUACCUUCUGACAAGCCCAACUACUGCACUCCAUUGAAUACCGCCUUGAAUUUAGAAAAAGACAGUGACCUGGAGUGAAAGAGAAUCUACAUAACCUAAGCCCAUAUACUCUGCACUGUGUAAAGGAAAAGGGAGAAAUGUAUUAUACUUGAGACAUUGUACCUAACCCAGAGUGUUGCAAAUAUGGAAACAGCAUGGAGUUGCGUGUCCUCUGAAGACGGUGAAAGGAUUUAGGAUGAGCCUGACUGGUGUGACAGACCAAAAUGGACAUUUCUCUGACAAACCGGUAUAUAUAGUCUGUUCAUAUGUAAAAUUCAGUGGAAAAGAGGUGGAACAGGGCUGUUAUUUUAAAGAGAAGGUUGUAUUAUUAUGUUGUUUUGUUUUGUUUUGUUUUUUACUAUUGCUUGAUUAAAUUUGGCAUUUAAAUAGUGUUAGAAAUAUUUUAUGUAAUUUUCAUUUUCUGGUUGGUUGUGCAGUUCCUUGGCUACUGUUUUUCUUCAAUUUUUUUUUAAUCUCAAGUGCAAAAGUCUUUGAUAAAAUAUUAAGCUGUAUUAUAAAGUAUUAUUACACAGGGUUAUGCUAUUUCUGGUCUGGAGCAUUUUUAAAAUUCAAAUUGUCUGUCCUGUGGAGCAGGCAGUGAUUCUGUUUUCAAAACUUUUAUACACAUUUGGAGAAAAAAUACGUUAUAUUUUCAGUAUAUUGUCUGAUUUUAAUGUCCAUCCUUAGCCAAGCUGCUAGCAGAUGUCAGUUGGAUCCCUUUUCUUCAUUGCAAUGGAAGAAUUUAAGAGCUUACAUUAGUAUUGUAAUAUGUAAAGUAAGCCUGGCAAAAUUUAAAAAAAAUUUUUAUGAUCCCCAAUAUAUUUACCAUUGUAUGUUAAAGCAAAAUAAAUCACCAUUUUUGUAGAAAAAA